GCAGUGAGAUGAUCGUGCUUCUCUUAUUCAGAAGAACCUGCGCAACCACAUUGUUUAUUUCUGCAUUUCCUCAGAAUGAGUCUGACUUUACUUUAAGUUUUAACAAGUGGAGGCUGCCGUUACACUCUGAAUCGUCAAUAAAUGCAAUCAUGGUGAUGACGGGUGUGUGUCAAACAAUCUUCGCGGUGCUCCGGCUGAUAGAGCCGACCGUCGUGCUCGAGGAGCUGGCCAGCGCUCUGUUCGACACCGCGCUGCUGCUGGUGGUGAAGGACCGGUCUGCCAACGGUACCGACCCGCACAUCUCCAGAGAGGAGAGCCAGCAGAAAGCCAUUACUAACUUCUACCUGACUUUCAACCUCAUAAUCCAGCUGACUCCGAUCUUACCCUCCAUGCUGCUGGCCUGGUUAGGAGAUCGAGGCUGGAGGAAAGCCCCGAUCGUGGUGCCCCUGUGCGGUUACCUGCUUUCCAGGAUCAUGCUGCUGUUGGUGGUUCUCUUCCGCCUCCCGCUGGAGGUGAUGUACGGGGCGGCGACUGUCUUCGGACUGUCCGGGGGUUACUGCGCAUACUGGUCCGGGGUGAUGACUCUGGCAUCGCUCGCCUCCACCACGGCUGACCGAUCUAAGGUGAUAAUGAGAGUAGAGUUGCUGUAUGGGGCAGCAGGUCUGGUGGGCAGUCUGGUGUCGGGUCAUCUGUUCUCGCUGUACAGCGCCAAUGUGGGACAUGGGACCAUCCUGCUGUGUGUGGCCAUUGCUCUGCUCCUACUGAGCCUCUUACACUCCUCGGUCCUGCUGAAGGUGAAAGAUGUAUCCAAAGAGCCAGAUGAGGACGGCCACAUCCUUUCUCCCACAAAUGGUAAUGUUGCCACCCAGGCUCCUGCUGGGAAAAACAUGGUAAACAUGGUUCUGCUGUUUGCCGCUGCUAUCAUGUACACCAGUGCAGUGGGCGGAGCCAUGGAAGUACUGGGCUCCUUUGUGUUGAAAGCGCCGCUGAACUGGAACGCCAAGCAGGUGGGUUAUGGGAACGCGGCAGGCGCUGCAGUUUUCUUCACCAGUUUUGUCGGCGUCAUCGUGUUUCGCCGCUGCGUCAGUGAUGCAGCUCUCAUCAUGAUUGGCAUGGUGUCGUUCGCCUCGGGAAUAUACUUCAUGACCUUUGUCACGGCGACUUACAUGUACUACCUAGCUCGCUUGCUUACCCUGUUUGCUCUCAUCCCGAUGCCCACCAUCAGAUCUCUGCUCUCACAGCAGGUUCCAGCAUCCUCAUAUGGCAUCACUCUCACCUCACUGCAGUUGAGUCUGAAGUUUGCAGGUCUGGUGUACCUCCCUGUCUUUACCAAGAUCUAUCAGGCAACCCUGAACAGGCUCCCCGGCUGCGUCUUCAUGCUGUCCAGCAUCUUGUCAGUACUGGGAAUGAUACCCAUCAGUAUUGUCGGCUGCAGAUCACCUCAGAGGCAACAUUACCAGAGGAUCCAGGGUGACUGAGGCAUUCAGCAGCUGCGUUUGAACAAUGGCACAAGGAAAAAGGGAACUGAGAUGUAAAGUGGAGAAAAGGAGAAUGGUGCACUUAAUCUCACUUCCUCUGCAGGAAAGAAUUUCCUGUGAUUCAGGAGGGACAAACUGCAAAUUCAAUGUUUACACGAGAGAGUAGCAUUUUUUCAUAUUGUAAAAAAGCCCGCGUGUAGAGAUGACACGCACUGACAGAGGGCACGGUGUGAAAAUAUAUCAAACACUUCUUAAAAGUAGUUGAACUUUUGACAGAGAUGAAGUCAAACAUAUUUCAACAGAUGUCAUCGUCCUGAGAAAUGUUCCAAUGUUCACAACUACACACCCACAAGGACCGUAAUUUCAACAUAAUGAAUACGUGUCCGUCAGUGUGUCAGACAGGAAAAAUGCUAUGUGAGCACCACAUAAACCACACCUUCAGAAAAAGUAGUAGAUUUGUAAUAAUUGUCAUUUUUUUGUUCAUGUGAACAUGAGAGAUUUAACAUUAUUCAUCUGAACACACGAUAACUACUUGGAAUUGUUUUUUACUUUGUUUGUACAAGGUUUAUUUUUCAAAUGUGGCAUAAUCUAUACUUCUCAUAUUUCUACUGAUGUCUUAAAUAGAGACACUUUGCAAAUGGAUAAGAAUCAAAAUAUGCACUUUAUAAUAUUUCAGACUGUCAACAAGAGUUACAUGCUGACUAUCAUUUCUGCAAGUCAGAAAAUUCUGAAAGUGAAGAAAAAAAUGGGUUUGAAAGUGACAUUUUUGACAUUGUUAAUGAGUUUUGUUGUUAUGACAUUGUAAUUGUACUCAUGUCAUGAAUUAUUUUAAUUCCUUUCACAUUUACACACUUGAGCAUUUUGUCUUUGUCUCUGUGGCCAUUACUUUUUUUAAUGGCUGGGAUUUUCCAUAUUUACUUGUGACUGCACUGGCCUGUUGGAAAGGUACUUUAUGGGUUAAUACAGGUUUGACUUAUUGUUUAAAUUCCAUCUUGUGUGAUUUUCUGAAAAAAGAGAACACACAAUACAAAAUGAUAGUGGAUCAAAAGGGAGAUUAUUUAAUUUUACAUAUCGAUGAUUGCACUUUUAUCUGUUGACACUUUACAAAGUGCACAAAUGAAGCUUAUUUAGCCUAAACGACAACUAAUCUUUGUAUAAAGGUCAGGGAGGAAAGGAAACAUUUAUAGUAAUGAGCCAUCAAGCCGUCAUUGAGUUAUAUAAAAGUUAUACUUUUUAUUCCAGUAUUCCUGAGGGAGGUUUUAUAGUUUUCAGUUUGAUUUAUUCUAACUUUAUAUAUAACUAACUGGAUGUAUUGUACUGGGAAAUCCUCUGUAAUUAUGAAAUAAAAAUGAUAAAUAAAACUUCUUU